GGGGAGAGCAAUGGGAGCGUGUGAAAUCAAAUAAUAUUUGGUUUCUUUUACGGCGUAAAAUUUUCAAACGCGUCAAAUUCGCCAAAUACUAUAGUCUAAAACCAAAGCUCUCUGCUUUCUUUCCCCUUUUGCUCUCUGAAAACAUUUUAUAAUUUAAAUAUCUAUAUGAAUUUCUAAGCUCAAUAUCUCUGUCUCUCAGACUCUCAGUGAACCCCUCUUUCCCCAAUUUCUUCAAAUCUAGGGUUACUGAGUGGCAAAUAACCAGAACAAACACAUUCAUUCGUUGAUCGUUUUGUGCUUAGAGCCCUGUUCAUUGUCCGUACAAAAAGCUGACAUUUUUAGAGGCAUUGCGGGACAAAUUCAAUGAAGCGAGGCAAGGUCGACUCGAUGCUGCCUCCGAGUCGACUCGGAAUGGUUCAAAUUUUGAUUGGUGCAGUGUUCGUCUACUUGCUCUUCAUCACCUUUGAAAUCCCUCACGUGUUGAAGCACGGAUUCGGGUCGUCGGGUUCGGACGACAGUCUGGACGCAUUGCCCAUAACGUUCAUGCUCGAAAGCGAAGAGGAAAUGGGCGAGAGAUACGCCCCAAGUAGACCCACGGAGAACCCGUUUCGGGACUCUGAAGGCUCGCCGUCUAGGACCCCCCAGAGGCGAACGCGCGAGGCCAAGAAAGUGUCGGGCUUGGUCUUCAAGGACACUCUGUUUGACGCCAAUGUCAGUAGAGACCAAGUCUCUGAGCUUCACAAAGCCGCCAGGAAUGCUUGGACAGCUGGGAAGAAGCUCUGGGCCGAGCUCGAGUCCGGGAAGCCCGAGUUUGGCCUGAAGAACAAGUCCGAGAACCGCUCCGAGCCGUGCCCGCACUCGCUUAUACUAUCCGGGUCCGAAUUUGAGGCUCGGAAACGGGUCAUGGUUCUUCCGUGCGGGAUGACUUUGUGGUCUCAUAUAACGGUGGUAGGUACGCCGAAGUGGGCCCACUCGGAAUAUGAUCCGAAGAUAUCGAUGUUGAAGGAGGGAGACGAAGCAGUGAUGGUUUCGCAGUUUAUGAUGGAAUUGCAGGGUUUGAAGAAUGUGGAGGGGGAGGACCCACCGAGAAUAUUGCAUUUCAAUCCGAGGUUGAAGGGCGAUUGGAGUGGGAAGCCAGUGAUUGAGCAGAACACUUGUUAUCGGAUGCAAUGGGGGUCUGCGCUUCGGUGUGAGGGUUGGAAAUCACGGGCUGAUGAAGAUACUGUUGAUGGGCAGGUGAAAUGUGAGAAGUGGAUUCGUGAUGAUGAUGAUCACUCAGAAGAAUCAAAGGCCACAUGGUGGUUGAACAGGCUGAUAGGACGGACGAAGAAGGUGACAAUAGACUGGCCUUACCCUUUUGCAGAGGGAAAAUUGUUUGUUCUUACCGUAAGUGCUGGUUUGGAAGGUUACCAUAUCAAUGUUGAUGGUAGGCAUCUCACUUCUUUCCCUUAUCGCACGGGAUUCGCUCUUGAGGAUGCUACCGGACUAUAUGUAAAUGGAGACAUUGAUGUGCACUCUGUGCUUGCUGCCUCUUUACCCACAUCACAUCCUAGUUUUGCACCAUCGAUGCAUCUUGAGAUGGUUACCAGAUGGAAAGCUCCGUCUCUUCGCUAUGGACAUGUGGAGUUGUUCAUUGGCAUUCUGUCUGCUGGCAACCAUUUUGCGGAGCGGAUGGCUGUGAGAAAGUCUUGGAUGCAGCAUAAGUUAAUCAAAUCUUCUCGUGUUGUGGCUCGUUUUUUUGUAGCUCUGCAUGGAAGAAAUGAAGUGAACAUGGAGCUAAUGAAAGAAGUAGGAUAUUUUGGUGACAUUGUUAUAGUUCCUUAUAUGGAUAACUAUGAUCUUGUAGUAUUGAAGACUGUUGCAAUUUGCGAAUAUGGGAUUCGAACAGUGCCUGCAAAAUAUAUCAUGAAGUGCGAUGAUGACACAUUUGUCAGGGUGGAUGCUGUGCUCAAGGAAGCGCGGAAAGUUCAUGGACAUAGAAGUCUCUAUAUUGGAAAUAUGAACUACCACCACAAGCCUCUUCGCCAUGGUAAAUGGGCAGUGACUUAUGAGGAAUGGCCGGAAGAAGAUUAUCCAUCUUAUGCAAAUGGUCCAGGAUACGUUCUCUCCUCUGACAUAGCAAAGUUCAUCGUAUCCGAUUUUGAAAAGCACAAGUUGCGAUUGUUCAAGAUGGAAGAUGUGAGCAUGGGAAUGUGGGUGGAGCAGUUCAACAAUUCUAAACCGGUGGAGUAUGUGCACAGCUUGAAGUUCUGCCAGUUUGGGUGCAUCGACGACUAUUACACCGCACAUUACCAAUCCCCGAGACAGAUGAUAUGCAUGUGGGACAAGUUGCAACAUCAAGGGAAACCCCAGUGCUGCAAUAUGAGAUGACCAUGACGGCGAACUUGACCAAACUGAAAUUUGUCGCAUUAGAUAUAUCUGGAACUAUUACCUUUCAUGGGCCCUUGAUACAAAAAUAGAUUUGGGGACAAUAACCUUGGAGACAUCAUCAAGGAAGAAAACAAUGCCUCCUCAGAACGAAGGGCAAAUGCCGUGAUAUUUCUCCGCUGUCAUAUUCAUGAAGGAUUAAAAAGCGAAUAUCUGAUGGUUGAAGAUCCACUGAUAUUAGAGAAGAGGUAUAAUCACUAGAGAACAGUGAUCCUUCCAAGAUCCCGCUAUGAGUGGACACACCUGGGAAUCGAUGAUUUCAAAACAGUAUCUGAAUAUAAUUCUACGAUGCACAUAAUUACUUCUAUGAUGAAACUGCGGGGAGAAUGUCACUGGUGCUGACAUGCUUGAGAAGAUAUUCACUACCUUCCAUGCCUCGAAUUUGCUCUUGCAGCAACAAUAUCGAGAACGAGGCUUCACCAAGUACUCACAGUUGGUGUCCUAUCUUUUAUUAGCAGAAUAGAUUAAUGAACUCCUGUUGAAAAAUCA